AUGGAUUCGACCAAGAAGGUCACCAAGAAGCUGGCUGGUGGAAUAGGGGGCAGCGCUGCAUGGAUGACAAACAUCGGUAACGAGUUUGGGCAGGUUCUGAACUCUGUUCUGACGACGGGUGAAGGUGCAGGGUUGGAAGAGCUGUGCCAGGGCAUUGUCACCCGUUAUAAGAACGUGGGCAAAGAUGAACCUGAGGUCAUCUAUGUGGACCGGGACUGCUGCAGCCAGUCAGGUGUGUCUUCUGUGACCAAACUGUUCCAUCCAUGGAGGUCUGCAGUGCGUUUGGACAGUUUUCACUUUAUGAGGCGCUUCAACUGUGGCCUCACCACAGAACACCACCCUCUUUAUGGCACCUUUUGUGCCAAGCUCUCCUCCUGCAUUUUUGAAUGGGACCAGGAGGAUGUGCAAGGCCUGAAGGAGGCCAAGAGAGGGGAGUGGAAGAGCAGCCACAGUGGACAUGAGCCCACGGAGGAGCAGCUCUUGGCAACCAUCACCUCAGGGGAACAGAGGAGACACUGCAGGAGGAGGUCGCGUGGCGUGGAGGACAUACGGCGCAUGAUUUCAGGGCUGCUGGAGUCAGUGUGGGAGCUCACUGACACCACAGGGCUGCGUUUGGUGAACCAUGACACCAUGCACCAUGUGUGGGAGGUGCAGCAGAAGCACCUGGAGUGCCUCCAAGACCCUCCUGGUCUAAAGCUCUACACGAAGGUGGUGUAG